AUCUGAUCCUGGUGUAGAAUAUGCAUUAAUGGCUCCUACUUAUAUGUUUUUUCGAGAAAAUCAUUCUGAUAUUUGUGCAAAUUCAUUAUCUUGGAAAUAUGGUUCAUCUGUUAAUAAUCAACGAAUUGAAGCUUGGUGGUCACAUUUAAGAAAAUAUAAAUCUCAAUUUUGGAUAGAAUUAUUUUUAGAUAUAGAAAUAGCAGGCGAAUGGAAUAAAUAUAAUAAAAUUGAUUA